AUGGUUAAUGACACCGGUGCUAAUGGAACAAACAUUGGCAUCUGCCCGUCUGAUGCUGAACUGCGUGCAGCCUUUGAGAAAUAUACUGAAGAGAGGUUGAAAUGGCAGGAGAUGCAGUCACGGUUGACUGCCGAGUUCAAUUAUACACCCAAACGAGCUCUUAUAUUCAAAAAGAUGAAAGAGCUCGGGAUACACAACACUGCGAGAAGACAUGCAAAGAGUUGGAGCAAAAGCGUUAUGAAAACAUUUGUCAUGACUGAACUGGACAACGAUCUGAAUAAACGGAAUGGGCCGGCUACUAUUCAAGAGAUCAUGGCAAAGAAACAUAAUGUUGCAAAUUACAGUGACUUUAUACGGGGUGUGAUGAAAGACGAGUAUCCCGAGGGUGCCAUUCUUCGCGCUCCAAGCAAUCGCUUUGGAAAGAUUCCACGAGGACAUCAUCUUGUUAUAGGUCCUUGGCAAGAGCUCCAUGGUGACGGGCAUGAAAAAUUAUCCAGCAAAGCCCUUAGCAUGGGCCCUGUUGGGAUUGAUAUCUAUGGCUUUCGUCAACAGGUCGGAUUUAUCCAGAAGCUGGUCGUCGUGCCAAACUCGAGGCUUGCAAAUGCUAUUGGCCAUAUCCACUUAGAUGUCAUUGAGGAAGCGGGGUUCCGAAUGCCUGUUCAGAUUACAGUCGACAAAGGUUCUGAGACUGGUGAAAUGUUCGCUCAACAGGAAGCCUUACGAACAGCAUUUGGGGAUUAUGACUUGGAGAAAUAUCCGUCCUUCCGUGCUCUCCAGAGCAAACACAACAUUAUGAUUGAGGUUUGCUGGAAGUGGUUUCAGAAGUUUUCAGGUGUUGAGUUACGUGGUGUUAUAGAGGAGGGAAGACCAACGGGCUAUUCAAUUCAAGCUAUCAAAUGCAUUGUGAUCUUUUUCAUUGGCUCUGGCCCAAAAUCGUUCAGUCGGUUUUGGAUGACUACGUAA